UAGGGGCGCUUCCCCCUGCCCAGCAAGGAGCCCGGACGCCUGGCUGAGAGGCAGGCGGUGUCGGUGGCUCUCCGCCCUGCAGAGGCGCGGGGAAGGGGGGGAGGAGCUGCAGGCCUCAGCCGGGACGCGGGAGAGGAAAUGAACGCGGAGCUACUAAUGCCCGGCGGAGGCAGGCGCGAGAGUGGUGAUCAUGGCAAUUGACUGGAUUGGGUUUGGUUAUGCGAUAGUGGUGGCUCUUGGCGGUGUUGUAGGAUAUACUCGCAAAGGAAGUAUAGUCUCUUUGGUUGCUGGUCUCUCCUUUGGUUUGAUGUCUGGUUAUGGAGCAUAUUGUGUAACACAUGACUCCAGAGAUGUGAAGAUAUCAUUUUUUUCAGCUUUUAUACUGACCAUUGUAAUGGGAAUGAGGUUCAAGAGGUCCAAGAAACUAAUUCCAGGUGGUCUAAUAGCUGGUUUAAGCCUUUUGAUGAUUUUGAGAUUGGUUUUUCUGCUGCUGUAAGAGACAACAGCAACUAAGGACUGAAGUAUGAAUAUCAUUUCCCUUCAACAAGCAGACAAGCUCUUUGUACUUGAAGUAUGUCUGUCUUUUUUUUUUUCUUCUUCCCACUGUAAAAGUUAACAAAUACAUCUGAAAUUUAAUUCCUCAAAGUUCUUUGAUAUGUUGAAAACUUUUUUAAUUAAACAAGAAGGUUUUUGAUAGUUUCUUUCUUGUAUCAUUGUUUUCAUUUAAGCAAUUUAUUGGCUGGAUUUUUAAAUGUUUUGCACCUUUGAAACUCGAGCUGCGUAUGGAUGUGUCACUAAACUAAAAAGGGGAUAGUAUUAAACCAUAAUCUUUAAGCGUCUAAUAUCAAGUAAUCAAUAGAAGCUCGAUGUAACAUGCAAACUAAAGUCUUGUCAGUAUUGAUCAUGUAAUGCGCUACAUUUUAUCAAAAUCACUAACAGAUGAGGGUAUGUGCUUGUGCUCCAUAUUGCACUAAAAUAUAUUUUGUUUCUAAACAUGUAAAUAUCUCCUUCCAGGAGCUAGAGAAUGUAUAAAUUGUUACCAGUAAUCAAAUAAAAGAUGGAACAUAUUAA